AUGAAGAAUCACUCCUUAGGCUUCUUUCUUAUUCUUCUAGCUCUCUUCCUUUAUGCAAAUGCUGGAGAUUCCGAUGAGUGCGUAUAUACAAUAUAUGUUAAGACUGGAUCGAUAAUUAAAGGGGGGACAAAUGCCAAGAUCAGCGUACAGUUUGAGGAUGCAAAUAAUCAGUCAGUUCGGGUCUCAAACCUAAAGUCAUGGGGUGCGAUGGGAGACUGUCAUGACUACUUCGAGCGUGGAAAUGUGGAUGCCUUCACUGGACUUGGACCUUGCAUCGGGACACCUAUUUGUCGUCUCAACCUCACCUCAGACGGAUCUGGAUCCCACCACGGUUGGUAUUGCGACUACGUGGAGAUCAUAUCCACUGCCGCCCAAAAACCUUGUUCCCAAACUAUCUUCUACGUCGAUCAGUGGCUCGCCAAAGAUGUUGCACCCCAUAACCUUAGUGUUGUGCUUGAUGGUUGUCAUCGCGCCGCUCCCCAUCGACAUGCCUUAAUUGUUGGAUCCCAUUCUUUAUCCUAUGCAUGA